ACCUCAGAUUUGUGCAAAGGGAACUGACGGGUACUGUAUGUUGAAUGUAUUUUGAACUGUUCUCUAUCACUGAAAAAAAAUCUGACUUCAAACUCAAUAAUAGCUUGAUUUGGAAUUAAAUCCCCAAAGUCCAGGACUUAAAAUAACCGCUCCCCCUUUUUCGGAGACUACAACUCCGCAGGGGCGGUACUUCUCAUUCUGGCCCAGGUACACUCUCCCACUCUCCCAUUAAAUAUCCCGGUAGACUGACUGGGUACAGCUAGCUAGCUGGUUGACUAACUUUGUUGCUUAUUUACCACUGAGAUGUGCCACGCAAUCUUACACUCGAUGGAUGCAAUACUCUUCUGUUAUGGCUACAGUUGAUAAACUGGACUCCCAACAUUUGAUCGCUAGCCAUGCUUGCAGGCCUAUUCCACCUAUCAGAGCUGAGGAUUGUGUUGCUGGGGACCAGAACAUGUGGGAAGAGUUCAGCAGGAAACACCAUACUGAACAGAGAAGAGUUUGAACUGACACAAACUGACCAAUGUUUGAAGAGACAGGGUGACGUAGCAGGGAGGCGGGUCACUGUGGUCGACACUCCAGGAUGGCGGUGGAAUGACCCGGUAGAGAAGACUCCUGAGCUGGUGAGACAGGAGAUAGUGAGAAGUGUGUCUCUCUGUCCUCCAGGACCUCACACUCUCCUCCUGGUCAUAACGUUGGUUCUUCCAUUCACUGACAAAGACCAAAGAUCCGUAGAGGGACACCUGGAGCUUCUCGGUAAGUCAGCCUGGAGUCACACUAUAGUCCUGUUCACCUAUGGGGACUGUCUGGGAGACACAACCAUUGAGCAGCACAUUGAGAGUGAAGGGAAGGCCCUCCAGUGGCUUGUUGAGAAAUGUGGGAACAGAUAUCAUGUCUUCAACAAUGAGAACAGGGCUUCUGCCACUCAGGUCACAGAGCUGCUGGAGAAGAUAGAGGAGGUGGUGGCAGGAAACAAUGAAGGUCACUACGAAAUAGACCAAACAGACGUCUCACAGACUCACCAACAGCAUCCACAGCCAGAGUUUGUAAAGAAUCCGAUCAGCAAAAGCAUUGUGAAGGAGGAGAAAACUGAUGGGGGCCAGAGGAAGAAGCUCACCAAGGAAAUGAUAAGUAAUCCCACUAACUUCAAGCAUGUCGACCAUAUUGGCUGGGGGCCAACGUUAAACUCUUAAUGCUAGGUUUAAAAAA